CGCGAUAAUGAAUGGUUUUUGCCUUCACCCCUCAUCCCACUGAUUCGGAGACGCGGCAAAGCUACCCUUACAACUUCCAUCGAAAUUACCUAUCUUGGGAUACUGGGCCACUCUUCAGUUUUGGCAAGGACACAAUGGCCGAGUUAACGCCUGCAGAAGCACGAAAGCAACUGCAGCAACUGGAAGACGACAAUGGCGACUUAAAAACACAAUUGAACAUCCUCCGCAUCAGCGAGCCGAUAUUCUCUCCUGACUCCGAUACCAGACGCUCAUCACCGUCUAAACGCAGGUCAGAUGUAUCUACUUUUGAAACCCCGACACCUGCUUCUCUGGAAGCGGACUUGACACACUAUAAAGAAUUGUUCUCGAAGUUGCGAUUUUCCUACGUUGAGCAAGUUACGAAGGAGAAAUUCUUACGUGCGAUCGUGGGCGAUCCGCCCCUCGUGGUUGGUCACAAUGAAAACGUUGAGAUGGAAGCGCAGUUGGCGGAAGUAAAGGCGGACCUAAAAGCCCGCAAAGAGGAAGUUCGAACCAUGGUGGAGGAAAUGGAGAAGCUGGGUAGGGAUCUGGCGAAUCGGUACAAGAAUGUCCAGCUACAAAUGAGCCAACUCUCAACACUUCCAGAGUCGAUCGAAAAUCUCGAAUCCACUAUUGCUGAGCUACGUGCAAAACAAGGAUCGGACGCAAACGGUCCAGCUUCGCAAAAUCUCCCUCUUCCUGCAACACUGAGUCUCCUAUCUGAGCGGGAGGCGGAGCUUGCGGCUCUUGAUCGACAACUUGCUGCCGUGCAGAAUACUCUGCCCCGCAAGACACGAGAGGCCGAGGCGGUGGAGCGUGAACUAAGUGUUCUAGAACGGCGGAAGACAGAAGCGAUUGCACAGGCCCAAGAAGUCAAGAGGAAGAAGGAAGAAGGCGAAAGUGACGGGCUGGUGGAAACGGGAAGAUGGUACCGGAGUGCGCAAGAAACUCUCAAGAACCUACUCGACGUUGAAGGGUGAGGGCGACAGACGUGGGCAUGAUGUUAUGAUACUGGGUUUGGGGAUACGGCGUUUGCGGUGGAUAGGCCAUACAGGAUUACUUAGGUGUUAGGUGCUUAGGGAUUUACUACAGCUAGUGAACCAAUGGGUAUG